AUGGCAAACAAACCCAUCGACCCCCUCCGCAUGCGCCUCUUCUCCGAACUCAACAUCCAACUCGCCCCUCACUGCAUCGACAAAGACACCAUGAACGAGACAUCGAAACACCUCGCCUUCCUCACGCGCUGCUACCUCAACACGCCGGACCCGAAUCCGCUAGCCGCCAGCAUCCCGAUUGUGAAAGAUUGCGCUCGUGGUGCAUUUGGAUUCAACAGGGGUGGUGCGCUCGGGUUGUCCAUCUCCUUCUACUACUGGAACUACAACUGCAACUGGAACUGGUAUUGCUACUUCGGAAACCGAGGCAAGUGUACCGGCUACAAAUCACCAGGCGGAACAAGAUGCUGUGAAAACGUCCACUUCGACAACUACAACUACAACUACAAUGACGAGUACAAUGACGAGUACCACGCCACCUGUGAUCCUGCCGUCCCGCAAACCCCAAGGCCCGCGUCCCACAUGCCAAUUCGGGUCUGCGGCUCCAGCGGCUGCGGGUCUCGCAGCCCCCACGAGACCGCGAGUUCGCGUGUUGAUCCAGAUGGUAGGUUCAGUGGGCCAUUGGAAGUGUCUGAUGAGCGGGUUUGCGUCCAAGGCCGAGCGCGUGGUUGCGGGGCUGGUGAAUCAAGACGAGCGUGUCAUGAGGGCAUGUGA